AGUAGUGGACAUGGCUCGUAAGGCGCGCCAGAGGAUCAGCUAUGUGCUUCCUCUCACAAACUCAGCUGGAGGCCAUCGUCUCGGCGUCAACGGGCUCGCCGUAGACAGCGACAACUCGAUCCUGUACUCCGACCAGAUCACAGCCAUCGACGCGAAGCCUCCCNCGUCACCCGCCUCGACCCUGCACAACCAAGUCCAGGCGCAUACCCACUGGAUCAGUGACCUCGUCCUCGCUCAGUCCAACCAAGCCUUGGUAUCGGCCUCGUCAGACAUCAGUGUCAAAGUAUGGCGCCCCGCUGCUACCGACUCGAUGCCUCCCCAGACAAUUGGUCUGCACAGCGACUACGUCAAGGUGCUGGCAUCUCCUUCUCCUGACGCGUCGUGGGUUGCCAGUGGAGGCCUCGACCGUCGCAUCCGCCUCUGGGACUUGAACGGCGCAGGCCAAACACUCAGCAUCGACGUUAGCGAGGACGAGAGUCUGACGGGCUUGAGCAAAGAGAAGGCGAGCGUCUACGCUCUGAAGGCUACACAUUCGAUCCUCGCCAGUGGAGGCCCAGACAGCAACGUGCGUAUCUGGGACCCGCGCUCGGGCAAGCGCAUCACGAAGUUCGUCGGUCACACAGACAUUGUACGCGACAUCUUGAUCAGUCAAGAUGGCACGACUGUCAUGUCUGCCUGUUCGGACCAGACGGUCAAGGUGUGGAGCGUUACUGCUGGUCGCUGCACAAACACUCUGACCAUGCACGAUGCCAGUGUCUGGUCUCUAUGGUCCGACCACCCAGAUCUCUCCGUCUUCUACUCGUCUGAUAAGAGCGGUAUGGUAGCAAAGACCGACACCAGAGGCUGCGGCGAAGAGUUGGAAGAGGGCUUGAGUGUUGCCGUUUGUCAGGAAGGCACUGCUGUACACAAGCUCGCUGUUGCUGGUGACUACAUCUGGACUGCCACUCCUCGUCCUACCAUCAACAGAUGGGCCGAUGUCAACAUCGAUGGUGCCGAGAUUGAUCUGCCUGACGCUUACAAGCAGCAGCGCUUCAGCUUAGCCACCUCCCGCUCAAGAAUCCCCAGUCCGCCCGUCAACUCGUCCUCUGACCGACUCGCCUCACCGCCGCAACCCCUCUCUCCUACCUCGCCUCCGCCGUCCGGCAAGCGCCUACCUUUGAAGCACGUACUCAGGCUGAGCAAUGCCGCCUACUUCCCUAGACCCGUCCCACGAGAGAAUGCCACAGACGGCGAGAGUGACCAAGUCGAGCACACACACCCCUUGAGGCACACACCGGACUUUGCCAUCGAAGGGCAGAACGGUUUGGUCAAACACAUUAUGCUCAACGAUCGCAAGCGUGUCCUGACCCAAGAUACUGCUGGUGAAGUUUUGCUGUGGGAUCUGCUCAAGUGUGUACCCAUCAAGUCAUUCGGCAAGAAACAUUUGGAGGAUGUCCAGCCUGAGGUCAGCACAGUUGAGACGGUGCCUAACUGGUGCUCUGUCGACACUCGAACUGGAACUUUGGCCAUCACCCUGGAAGAGCACACAGCAUUUGAUGCCGAGAUGUACGCAGACGAGCUGGACAUUGACCAAAACAUCGACUUCAAGGAGGAUCAACGCAUCAACCUUGGCAAGUGGAUCCUUCGUUAUCUGUUUGCUAACUUGAUCAGCGAGGAGAUCUCCAGAGACUCGCAAUAUCGAAGACACCUUCUGGAGCAAGCACAGAAGCAAAAGCUGGAGCGUGAAAAUGCUCCUACCAGUAUUCAGAUGCCUCCUGGCAUGUCGGAUGGCUGGAAGAUCGAUCCCUCAGCUCCUCUGUCGACCAACACAUUGAGGCCGACUAACACCAACACCAUUGGCUUCGCGACUCCUGGCUUGUCCAUUGCAGACACAGCAUCAUCUUACGUUGGAUCUCCAAUCUUGACAAGAGAUGGCUUCAUUACUGAAGAGGACGAACGCGCACAAGACAGAUCUUCAACAGGCGGCGACUACUUCUCCAGCAACUCGAUCACGACAAACCCUACAAACGCAAACGGCGAGACUAAGCUGGUACCUCAAACCCCCACAGAAGCUGUUACCACGCCAGCCCCAGAGGACUCCACGACCGAAACAAAUGAUACACCUUCGAAAUUCGGCAAGCGUCUUCGCAUGAACAUGUCUUUCAACAUGAAAAAGUUGGGCAAAGCCCCUACGAAUGACAAGGAUAAGCCCGCAAUCGUUGAAGAGACCAAGGAAGAGGCCGAGGCAGACACACAGAGCCCAUCUGACAACAGCAACUCUCGUGUCGUUGACGAGAACUUCCUCGGUUGCAUUCAAAAGAUUCGUUUCGCCUAUGAGGACCACCUGCAGGCACAGAGCCAACGAGCUGCUGCUGUAGAUGCUGCAGGCGGUGCACUGGGACAGUCAAAAGAGCUCGAAUUGCCCACUUCCAUCGUACCGUCAUUGCCUUCUGAAACGCCAGUGUUGAAGCCGCCCCCAAACACAACCAUUCUGAUUCAAGAAGAACGACCAGAAGCUGGUGGUGUAGCGGAUCUCUUCGAGGGCAAGGUUGGCAGCACGGCCGAGAUGGCGGACUUGAUCGAGAAGGUUGCGCCAAUGUGGCUUGGUGAUGCCCUAUUGCGAAACCAGAUCCCGCUCAAGGAUCUCGUCAAGAUCAGUUUCGUGCUCGAACCAUGGCAGAACGUAUUGCCUAGUAUUGCUGCAGACGGGUAUGAUAUCUUUGCAUCCUUCUCACUUACAAACAAACAC